UCGACAGUCAACACAUAACGUUCGAAGCGAUACGAACUCGCAGAAAUAACAAUUUCGUUGGUAUAAAUACAAAAGCGAAACUUUCGGUUUAUCUGUCGUUCGAACGGGGAAAAAAAUUAUUUUUCAUUGAACCAAACCAAAUUUCAGAUAUUUAACUGAUAACGAUGCAUAGGGCCCGUUCGGCAUUUACAUUGGCGUUGGCACCAGUGGGUCAACAAAGUUUUGCGUCAUGGCUGUUAAAAGGCGCUAACAAAUCGCGGCUGAGCAAAGAAGUACUCGGUGCAUCAUCGAUAAAAUUUUACAAUUCAACAGCCGCCGAACCAUUUCUGGAUGGUACCAGUUCUAGUUAUGUAGAAGAAAUGUACAAUUCAUGGUUACGCGAUCCAGCGUCCGUACACACGUCAUGGGACGCAUAUUUCCGUAACAAUGCGUACUGUCCACCACCAUCUCUGGCACCAACACAAAAAGGACACGUUCCCAUAUCUCAGUUUGGUCCGUAUUUGGGCGGUGGAUCGGCGCUAUCACGAGCCGAACCCGACGAGAAAACCAUUGACGAUCAUUUGGCUGUGCAGGCAAUCAUCAGAAGUUAUCAGUCACGUGGUCAUUUGGUGGCUGAUCUGGAUCCCCUUGAAAUUACAACUGCACAAGUUAAGGAAGUGGCCGGCAUUCAUCGACGUGCUAACGAAAAUGUCACACGAAAAUAUUUUAAUUUCGACGAGAAGGACAUGGAUCGAGUAUUCAAAUUGCCAAGCACGACGUUUAUCGGUGGUUCGGAGAAAGCCCUACCUUUGAGAGAUAUUCUUGACCGCUUGGAAAACGCUUAUUGCAAUAAAAUUGGUGUCGAAUUCAUGUUCAUCAAUUCGUUGGAACAGUGCAAUUGGAUCCGACAGAAAUUCGAGACUCCCGGCGUAAUGAACUUUUCGCCGGAAGAAAAACGAUUGAUUUUGGCCCGUGUGACCAGAGCUACGGGAUUCGAGGCAUUCUUACAGAAGAAAUUCCAGUCGGAAAAGCGUUUCGGUCUGGAAGGCGGUGAAAUGAUGAUUCCGGCUAUGAAACAGAUCAUCGAUCACUCGACAAAACUUGGUGUUGAAUCAAUCAUCAUGGGCAUGCCACAUCGUGGCCGUCUGAAUACAUUGGCCAAUGUAUGCCGCAAACCAUUGCAUCACAUCUUCACGCAAUUCGCCGGUCUGGAAGCGGCUGACGAUGGAUCCGGUGACGUUAAAUACCAUUUGGGCACGUACAUCGAGCGCUUGAACCGUGUGACAAACAAAAAUGUUCGUUUGGCCAUCGUUGCCAAUCCAUCCCAUUUGGAGGCUGUUGAUCCGGUCGUACAGGGAAAAACUCGUGCCGAACAAUUCUAUCGAGGCGAUGGUGAGGGCAAACGCGUCAUGUCAAUGUUGAUUCAUGGUGAUGCUGCAUUCUGCGGUCAGGGCGUUGUCUUUGAAACAAUGCAUUUGUCUGAGUUGCCCGACUAUACGACCCACGGAACGGUACAUUUGGUUGUGAACAAUCAAAUUGGUUUCACGACCGAUCCACGUUUCUCACGCUCGUCACCGUACUGUACCGAUGUGGCACGUGUCGUGAACGCACCAAUUUUCCAUGUUAACGCUGACGAUCCAGAGGCUGUUAUGCACGUCUGUAACGUUGCGGCUGAGUGGCGUGCCACUUUCCACAAGGAUGUUGUCAUUGAUUUGGUCAGCUAUCGACGCAACGGUCACAACGAAAUCGACGAGCCAAUGUUCACCCAACCGCUGAUGUACCAAAAGAUCAGACAACACAAAAAUUGUUUGGACAUUUAUUCUGAAAGACUCGUCAACGAGGGUAUCGUCACGCAAGAAGAUGUGAAGAAUGUUCGCGACAAGUACGAGAAAAUCUGCGAAGAAGCCUUCCUGUUGGCCAAACAGGAAACGCACAUCAAGUACAAGGACUGGCUCGACUCCCCAUGGUCCGGAUUCUUCGAAGGCAAAGACCCGUUGAAGGUGUCGCCAACUGGUGUCAAAGAGGAAACUCUUGUGCACAUUGGAAACCGAUUCUCGUCGCCGCCACCGAAUGCUGCUGAGUUCAUCAUCCACAAAGGUCUGUUGCGUAUUUUGGCUGCACGCAAGGAUAUGGUUGAUCACAAGGUCGCCGAUUGGGCGUUGGGAGAAGCAAUGGCCUUCGGUUCGUUGUUGAAGGAAGGCAUCCACGUUCGUCUGUCCGGUCAGGAUGUUGAACGAGGCACGUUCUCGCAUCGUCAUCACGUUUUGCAUCAUCAAAAUGUUGACAAAGCUAUCUAUCGACCACUGUGCCACUUGUAUCCUGACCAAGCUCCGUACAGUGUUAACAACAGUUCCUUGUCUGAAUAUGCUGUCCUCGGUUUCGAACUGGGCUACAGUAUGACCAAUCCGAAUGCCCUAGUCAUUUGGGAAGCGCAGUUCGGUGAUUUCUCAAACACCGCCCAGUGCAUCAUCGAUCAGUUCAUUUCAAGUGGUCAGGCCAAAUGGGUGCGUCAAAGUGGAUUGGUCAUGUUGCUUCCGCACGGAAUGGAAGGCAUGGGACCGGAACAUUCGUCGUGCCGUGUUGAACGUUUCCUACAAAUGUGCUCGGACGAUCCAGACUACUUCCCACCCGAAUCCGAAGAGUUUGCCAUCCGACAACUCCACGACAUCAACUGGAUCAUUGCUAACGUUUCGACACCGGCCAACUUGUUCCACAUUUUGCGUCGACAGAUUGCCUUACCCUUCCGCAAACCGUUGGUUCUGUGCACACCAAAGUCGCUGUUGCGUCAUCCGGAAGCGAAGAGCAACUUUGAUUUGAUGUGCGAGGGUACGGAAUUCUUGCGAGUCAUCCCCGAUGAGGGUCCAGCCGCCAAUAACGCUAACAAUGUGAAGAAAUUGAUUUUCUGCACCGGUCGCGUUUACUACGAUUUGACGAAAUCUCGUGCCGAGCGCAGUUCCGAGAGUAACAUCGCCAUCACACGUAUUGAACAAAUUUCACCCUUCCCGUACGAUCUAGUGAAGCAGGAAUGCGAAAAGUAUCCGAACGCUGAAAUCAUCUGGGCGCAAGAGGAACACAAAAAUCAAGGCUGCUGGACGUACGUUCAGCCGAGAUUUUUGACAGCGCUAAGUGGUGCACGUGAAGUGAGCCAUGACGCCAACUCAGCAGACAGCUCAGAUCAAUCGAAAGAUCCCGGUUGGUUGAAAAAUAUGUUUAACAAAAACACCGGCACCAACAUUAAACCAGGCUUCGUUGCGAUGAAAUCUGAUUUUAAUGUGCCCACUGAUGGUUUGCCAGCUACGACAAUCAAAUCGAAAAAAGCUGGACGAUCGCUUAGCUAUGCCGGCCGAACGACAGCCGCAUCAACUGCAACCGGCUCGAAGGCUCAGCAUAACAAGGAAUUGGCCCAUCUACUGGAAUCAGCUUUAUCGCUUCAUUAAGGACAACAAUGCAAAAAUCCGAUCAUCCAGUCACUAUAUUGUACACACACACACACACCGAUUCGUAAUGGAGAAUCGGAAUAUUGAAGAGGAGGAGGAGGAGAAGAGGAAGAAAAAUUUAUUUAUUUCGCUUAAGUUUAAUCUGUAGACUCUAAAAAAGUUAGUUGAAUUACAACAGUUACAACAAACUGAACAUUGCACCCGAAAACCAUUUGUUCUCUGGUCGAAUGAUCGGAGUUCUCUUUUCCGUUUUUUUUUUAGGAUUUUUGUUUUGGUUUUACUUCUUCUCGUUAUACAUUUCUCCGAUGAGAGAAAUGUGUCGUUCGUGUAGUAUGGAAUUUAAUUUAUUAAUUUAUUUAUGGAACAUUUGCAAUCCGUUUUCCUUUUAUCUGAAUAGAAUUCGUCAAACCCAAACGUGAUUUACAAAAUGCACCAUUAACGACCAUUUCGAAUGGGCAAACAAUUUGGAGAACAAUUUGUUUGUUCGUUCGAUUGUCAUUCUAAAUAUUAGAUCAACCCAGACUUAAUCUACACUAACUUGUUGUUAAACUAGACGCUAGGAUUUUUAAAACUAUCAAAUGAAAAGAGAGAAUAAAUUCAAACAAAAAAAAAAAAAAAUAUUCAAAGCAUUGAGCCAACAACAA